UUCUCAUUCAUUCCCUCACUUCUCUUCAUCUUCUAAACUCAUAAACUCAUAAAACUCUCUCCCUACAAUACUACCCAACUUAGAGUAUAUUAUCAUUACAUUUUCUCGAUUUCUUCGAAAAUCUAGCUUCAGCCAAACGAGCCCUUAUAAUACAAAAAAAAAAUAAUGUCGAUUUCUAAUGAAAAUAAACCUCCAAACCAAAUCAAUGGCAAUUCACAUUGUCAUGAUUAUCAAACUCAAUCACCAUCUAUUUUAUGCUCUUCUUUUCCUAUCACUCUCAAGUUUAUGGACAUAUGCUACAAAGUGAAGAUGGAACCAACAAAUGGUGAAAGUAACAUAAAACGUUUGAUAUUCAACGGCUGUAAAUCAUCAUCAUCAUCAUCAUUAUCAACGGCCACGAUUGAAGAAAGAACAAUCUUAAACGGAAUAACAGGAACAGCAUCACCAGGAGAAAUCAUAGCCGUUCUUGGACCAUCAGGUAGUGGUAAAUCAACGCUUCUAAACGCAUUAUCAGGAAGAUUACAUAGUCACGCACUCACUGGAUCAAUUCUCUUAAACGACAAAAAACCCACAAAACAAACACUAAAACGCACCGGAUUUGUCACUCAAGAUGAUGUACUUUACCCUCAUCUUACAGUCCGAGAAACACUCCUCUACUGCGCACUUCUUCGCUUACCAAACACCCUCACAAAACAAGAUAAAAUCACAGCCGUUGAUUCUGUGAUGGGUGAGUUAGGAUUACAUAAGUGCGGUGACACUAUAAUAGGGAACACCUUCAUACGUGGAGUUUCAGGAGGAGAGAGAAAAAGAGUUAGUAUAGCACAUGAAAUGUUAGUGAACCCAAGUUUAUUGAUUUUAGAUGAACCAACUUCCGGUUUAGACUCGACCGCGGCUUAUAGAUUGGUUCAGACGUUACAAAAGUUGGCUCGUAAAGGAGGAAAAACGGUUAUAACAUCGGUUCAUCAACCAUCGAGCCGGGUUUAUCAAAUGUUUGACUCGGUUCUUGUGUUGUGUGAUGGACGGUCUAUUUAUUUUGGGAAAGGAAGUGAUGCUAUGUCGUAUUUUUACUCUCUUGGUUUUCAGCCGUCUUUUCCUAUGAAUCCUGCGGAUUUUCUCCUUGAUCUUGCUAAUGGCAUAUCUCACCAGCCUGAUGGAGUAAACGAGAGAGAUAGGCCUAAUACAAAGCAAGCACUUACUUCAGCAUACAACACUAUAUUAUCUCCUAGCGUAAAAGCUUCCUGCUUAGACAACACAAGCAACAACAACAACAACAACAACAACAAAAAUAGUUCGUCAAAUAACACAAUAGUUGUGAGCAAAAGAAGCUCACAACAAUACAUGAAAAACAGCAUAUAUUCAUGGUUGAAUGAAUUUUGUAUCCUCUUCCAAAGGAGCCUAAAAGAGCGUAGGCACGAGUCAUUCAACUCGCUUCGCGUUUCUCAGGUCAUCGCCGCUGCAUUGUUAGCCGGAAUCAUGUGGUGGCAUUCAGAUUACAGAGAUGUUCAAGAUAGGCUAGGCUUGCUCUACUUCAUCUCAAUUUUUUGGGGUGUAUUUCCAUCGUUUAAUGCCGUUUUCGCCUUCCCACAAGACCGAGCUAUCUUCAUGAAGGAACGUGCUUCAGGGAUGUAUUCAUUGUCUUCUUACUUCUUGUCAAGAAUCAUUGGUGAUUUACCUAUGGAGCUCAUUUUACCAACUAUCUUUCUCACAUUGGUCUAUUGGAUGACGGCCUUAAGGCCUGAACUUUGGAUCUUCUUACAGACCUUGGGAGUUAUCAUAGGGUAUGUGCUCGUUGCGCAAGGCCUUGGCCUUGCUCUAGGUGCUAUAAUAAUGGACGCGAAACGAGCUUCUACCAUUGUUACAAUUGUUAUGUUGGGAUGUGUUUUGACUGGAGGAUUCUACGUGCAUAAAUUACCGAGGUGUUUGGGGUGGAUUAAGUAUGGAUCACUUACAUAUUAUUGCUAUCGAUUGCUAAUCGAUGUGCAAUAUGGUGGGGGAGAAGGGAUUUCUUCUAUGUUCGGUUGUUUGAACCAUUAUUCUAGUAAUGUGGCUAAUUGCAAGUUUAUUGAAGAGGAUAUCCAAGGACAAAUCACACCUUUAGCAAGUGUUGGGGUGAUGUUGAUUAUGUUUGUGGGGUUUAGGCUAUUGGCUUACAUUGCCUUGAGGCGUAUGAGGGUUUGAAAUUUUAUCGAGAGGGUAACAUCGUCAUUUUACAAGAGAAACACAUAUCGAGAAAGAAAUUAGCUGACAAAAACGGAAACUGUUUUCAAAGUUAUUGGAGAACAGAGGGAAUAGUAUGAUCCGUAAUAAUAAUAAUCAUUUAUAAAUUCCAAGUUUAUCCAAGGGGAUUCAAAAAUUCAUGCUUUGAUCUCACUUUUCUACUAAUUAAAUCAAAUUAUAGUAUAGUCUUGUGGGAAGCAUGCAUGCAUUGUGCUAGGAAGCUAAUAUUAGUUUCCUGUUUUUCCCUUUGUUUUGGAGUGAAGUUUGUAAAGAUUAGCUAAGAUCGGCAUAACUGAAACCUCCAUUAAAUUUGGGGUUGUAAUUUUUUUCCUUGGUUUUUUUAAUGUAUAUAUAAUAUAUGUAUUUUAUAUUUUACAGAGAAAGUAAUAAAGAUGAAGGCUCACUUUGGAAGUGACA